CGGGCGGCCGUGUCCGUGCUGUGGCAGCUGGUGGUGGCCGGCUCCUCGCUGGAGAUCGGCGCCUACGACGUGGAGCGGGGCCGCGAGGCCAAGUGCCAGCCCAUCCAGAUCCCCAUGUGCCAGGCCAUCGGCUACAACCUCACCCGCAUGCCCAACUACAUGGGGCACGAGGACCAGCGCGAGGCGGCCAUCAAGCUGCACGAGUUCGCGCCGCUGGUGGAGUACGGCUGCCACGUCCACCUGCGCUUCUUCCUCUGCUCCCUCUACGCCCCCAUGUGCACGGACCAGGUGAGCACCAGCAUCCCGGCCUGCAAGCCCAUGUGCGAGCAAGCCCGGCACAAGUGCGCGCCCAUCAUGGAGCAGUUCAACUUCGGCUGGCCAGAGUCCCUGGACUGCAGCAAGCUGCCCACCAAGAACGACCCCAACGCCCUGUGCAUGGAGGCGCCGGAGAACGCGACGGCUGGGGAGCCCCACAAAGGGCAGGGCAUGCUCCCGGUGGCGCCACGGCCCCGGCCGUCGGGGGCAGGGGAGGGCCGGGGGCCCAACGGCCUGGGGUCGUGCGAUAACCCCGAGAAGUUCCAGUACGUGGAGAAAAGUCUGUCCUGUGCCCCAAAAUGCUCCCCCGGAGUCGACGUCUACUGGUCCCGGGAGGACAAGGACUUUGCCUUCAUAUGGAUGGCAGUGUGGUCCACGCUGUGUUUUGUCUCCACGGCUUUCACAGUGCUCACCUUCCUGCUGGACCCGCGCCGGUUCCAGUACCCCGAGAGACCCAUCAUCUUCCUUUCCAUGUGCUACAAUGUGUACUCGGUGGCCUUCAUCAUCCGCUCUGUGGCUGGCGCCGAGAACAUUGCCUGUGACCGGGAGAAUGGGGAGCUGUACGUCAUACAGGAGGGGCUGGAGAGCACGGGGUGCACCAUCGUCUUCCUUAUUCUCUACUACUUCGGCAUGGCCAGCUCUCUCUGGUGGGUCAUUCUGACCUUGACCUGGUUCCUUGCGGCGGGGAAGAAAUGGGGCCACGAGGCCAUUGAAGCCCACAGCAGCUACUUCCACAUGGCCGCCUGGGGCAUCCCGGCCAUGAAAACUAUCAUCAUCCUUACCAUGAGGAAGGUGGCAGGCGACGAGCUCACGGGUCUGUGCUAUGUCGGAAGCAUGGAUGUCAAUGCCUUGACAGGGUUUGUUCUAAUCCCACUCUCCUGCUACUUGGUGAUCGGGACCUCCUUCAUCCUCACAGGCUUUGUUGCCCUCUUCCAUAUCCGGAAGAUCAUGAAGACGGGAGGCACCAACACCGAGAAACUGGAGAAACUGAUGGUAAAGAUUGGGGUCUUCUCCAUCCUCUACACCGUCCCAGCCACUUGUGUCAUUGUCUGCUACUUCUACGAGCGGCUGAACAUGGAUUACUGGAACCUCAGGGCCCUGGAGCACGGCUGCCUGGCCUUUCCCGGCAGGAGGAAUGCCGACUGCUCCUUGGAAGCCUCUGUGCCCACCGUGGCAGUCUUUAUGCUAAAGAUUUUUAUGUCGCUGGUGGUGGGGAUCACCAGUGGCGUCUGGGUGUGGAGCUCCAAGACUCUGCAGACCUGGCAGAGCCUGUGCAACAGAAAACUGGGGAUGAGGACUAGGGGGAAGCCAUGCAGCGGGGUCACUUGCACGGGGGCACACUGCCAUUACAAAGCCCCAACAGUCAUGCUACACAUGACCAAGACAGAUCCUUACCUGGACAAUCCAACGCAUGUCUAGCACAGGGUCUCUCUCUGGCAAGCCGCAGGGAGUCUGUCACGAGUAAGGGACUAGGAGGGAAUGGAGUGGGCCUCCUGGGACUGCUGAGUGCAUGCCCAGCUGUUUUGGUCAGGAGCCUCUCAGCUGCAGGACAGGGUUAACUCGGCAACAGGCUAUUCACACAAGAGGUGAAUGGAAGAGCCAGGGGGGAAAGGAGGGCGAGAGGAGCUGAGAGUGAACUGCAAGGGGGUGAGUGCAAGCUGGUUUGUGGGAUACGAGGUCUGUGGGACCUGAAGGGAACUUCCAGGCAGUGAGUCAAGGCCCAAGGGCUGAUACCUGCUCAAACUGAACAAGUAGCUGCUUUUCCUUGAGAUGGUCUCAUUGCUGUUGGCAAAUUCAGUGACUGUUUUCAUGCUUUCUUUGAGGGGCAGGAGGGAAAUAAUCCAGUUCAUGUUUAUUUAAUUCUGUAAUUUAUUUUAGAAAAAAAAAUUUUUUAAUCAUUAGCUGCAAGGAAUGGAAAAAACAAUAAACCCUGGAUGUGCUAUUUCAA